CCUGAGCAAUGUCAGAAGGAAAGUGAAAGUGAAAUGCUCAUCUGUGGUAUAAAACUGGUCCUACUGGAAGCACAGCACCAACAUUGCCAUGGCUUCGUUUUCAGAAGAACCGAGGCCUGGAGACAUUAUUGAUAUUUUUCACAUUGGCUACAAGGACUGGGCCAUCUACGUGGGAGACGGUAAUGUGAUCCAUCUGACGCCUCCAAGGGGGUUUCCCAGGAUCGGCUCCUCCAAUAUGUUCAUAUUUCUGACUGGCAGAGCACAGGUGACGGAAGAGCCCCUGGGGUCGGCGGCUUGGGGCUGCUUAUAUCGGGUCAACAACUACUUGGAUGAUAAGUGCAGACCCCGGCCUGUGGAUGACAUCAUCAGUUCUGCCAGGGAGAUGAUUCAUAGCGAGAAGACAUAUACAGUUCUUUCUGAUAACAGCAAAACUUUUGUCACUGAUCUCAGAUAUGGCCGGCCCCGCCGUGAGUUGUCACGCGAAGACCCGAUGCCUGGAGACCUGAUGGAAAUAUGUCGAGGCCUUUAUGAACGAACACUGGGCCAUCUACGUGGGAGGCGGUCAUGUGGUCCACUUGGUCUGUGAAGGUCAGUACUCCAGGCCUCACUCUUCCAACAACAGUGAGCAUGAAGUAAAAGCUGUGGUGAAAUAUGAACUUCUGAAGGAUGUGGCUAACAACGACAGUUACAAGGUCAACAACUACUUGGACAGGAGAUAUAGGCCACAUCCUGUCAAGCUGGCGAAGGAGAAUAUUGGUGAAAUCAGGUGCUGCAGUGUUUUGCAGCCCAAUUGUGAACAUUUUGUCACCGAACUGAGAAAUGGCCAGAGCUACAGCCAACAGGGACCUCCACCUCGCACUGGUCGCGGCACCCGAGGGUCCUCAGAGUCAGAUCUCCUGGGACACAGCCCACUGCUUCCUGGGAGAAGGCUCUGUGAACGAGUCCAUGCGGCCCUCAAGGCAGUGACUGCACCAUACGAUUCGGUCCCAGAGAAUCAGGGAGUCACCCCGAGAAAGCUCCUUUGGAGCGCCACUCUGGACAGGAGGGUGGCAGUGCUCAGCCCCCGGGAGCGUAUGUAUCACUUGGGCUCAGAGCCUGAGAACACUGAUGCUACUCCCUGCAACCAGGUCUGGGUUGCGUGUCCGCAGGCGCCUCAGAGAGCAAGACCUAACAAAGCUGCCGCCCCUUUACUGCUGGAGAGGAGCGUGGCUUUAGGGCGGGUGCACGUGAGGAAACGAGCGAGCUGUGGAAGACUGGGGCCCUUACUUGGCCUCCUGAAUGACCUCGAGGAGGGGGACUCUGAAGCCUGGUGAUGAGCAGGAGAGGGGGCUGGGGUGUCCAGACGAUGGGGACUUCUGCUGGGGAGGGGGAGCUGCGGAGCUCUGAAUCCCGUGCCUCGUGCCGGGGAGGACAUGCAAAGCCAGCCCGGGGGAAACGCCCAUCUCAGUGGCUGGCAGUGGAGAAAGGACCGGGGGUUCUGCCCGACGACGUCGUGCACAUUUCUGACGAGGUCAGCCCCAGUGUGCAUGCUCUGGCCCUGAGCGUACAUCCCCUCGUGCGCCCCCUGAGCAUGCCAACCUAUUCUGCGAGACUUGGGUCCGUGCCACAGAAGGCCUUUGCCCUCACAACUGCAGGCCGUGGGACCGACCCCACAUCCGGAAGACAGUUCAGUGCCUUUACUGACCGAUGCUGCUGACCAGUGCACGGACAGACCGAGGAGCUCCCUCCCAGUGAACUGGAGUAGAGCGUUUCCGGGCUCAUCUGUCCUCUCCUCUCUGCCUGGGUUCCUGCCACAGCCAGGCUCCCACGUCUGCUGGUGAAACGGUGCUGCAAGUCCCUCUGGAUUGAGAGGGAAGUCUUGUCUACACUUAACAAGACACACUACUACCAAACAUGGUUGCUUAAGCCAGACUGGUGAUCAUUUAUAAAGCAUAUGGACGUGACGUUUUUUCUCUGCUGGACACAAACGAUGACAGCAUAGUUCGUGUUCAUGAAUCACCUCUCAGAGAUUUGGGGGGGAGCCGCCUUGUUGCCUGUCACCAAUCAAGUGUGUUG